AUGUUAAGAGCUCCGUCCUUUAGAAGCGUGCGAUUGCAACGGUUCAGCACGUCUGCUGCGUGGAGAGCGGCCCAGAUUCUUUCUGGAACCAAGCUUGCUUCGCAGAUCCGUUUGGACGCCAAACAGGCUAUUGAGCAGAUCCAGGCCAAACAGCCUAAUUUUAAGCCUUCCUUGACAAUUAUCCAGGUUGGCGACAGACCAGACUCUUCUGCAUACGUUCGUAUGAAACUGAAGGCAUCAACAGAGUCCGGCGUCGAGUGCAACAUCGUCAAGUUGCCCGAGGACACCCACGAGAUCACUCUGUUGAACAAAAUUCGACUCUUGAACGAGGAUUCCAAGGUUAAUGGUGUUUUAGUGCAGUUGCCGCUGCCUAAACACAUCAGCGAGGUCAAGAUCACCAACAGCGUGGCAACAGAGAAGGACGUGGACGGGUUUGAUAGAUACAACGUGGGAGAACUGUCAAAGAAGGACGGAAACCCGCUGUUUCUGCCUUGCACCCCUAAUGGAUGCAUGCGUUUGUUGGAACAAACAGGCGUGCAAUUGGCCGGCAAACACGCCGUGGUGAUUGGCCGUUCCGACAUCGUGGGAACCCCCGUGGCUGCUCUGCUGAAGAAGGCCAACUGUACCGUCACCAUCUGCCACAGUCAGACUGAUAAUAUUCCACAGCUGGUGAAACAAGCUGACAUUGUGAUUGCUGCUCUGGGAAAGCCAAACUUCGUGAAAGCCGACUGGCUCAAGGACAACGCCAUUGUGAUCGACGUGGGCAUCAACUACGUGGACGCUCCAGGAACCAAGUCUGGCCACAAGCUCACCGGAGACGUUGACUACGCAGGCUGUGCGGAAAAGGCCUCCUUUAUCACGCCUGUUCCCGGCGGAGUGGGUCCCAUGACCGUGGCAAUGCUUGUUCACAACGUGUACCAGGCAGCCAAGCGCCAGCUCGAGCAAGAGUCGCGCCCGGUCGUGUGCGAGCCGCUUCCUCUGGAAUGCAAAGAGCCUGUGCCGUCCGAUAUCGACAUCUCGCGCGCCCAGCAGCCAAAGGUUAUCACCGAAGUGGCCGAAGAGCUCGGGAUCAAGGAGUCCGAGCUCGAGCAGUUCGGCCACUACAAGGCCAAGGUGUCGUUGGAUGUCUACGACCGGUUGAAGGACUACAGAGACAACGGUAACUACGUCUUGGUGGCAGGAAUCACUCCUACUCCUUUAGGAGAAGGAAAGUCCACCACCACGAUGGGUCUUGUGCAGGCUUUGGGCGCCCACAUCGGCGUUCCUGCCGUUGCCAACGUCAGACAGCCUUCCAUGGGUCCAACGUUUGGUGUGAAGGGGGGUGCUGCUGGUGGAGGAUACGCUCAAGUGAUUCCUAUGGACGAGUUCAACAUGCACUUGACCGGAGACAUCCACGCAAUUGGUGCAGCCAACAACUUGCUGGCUGCUGCCAUUGACACGAGAAUGUUCCACGAGGCCACCCAAGGCGACAAGGCGUUGUACAAGCGUCUGGUUCCUGCCAAGAAGGGAAAGAGAGCGUUCACUCCGUCGAUGCUGAAACGGUUGCAGAAACUGGGCAUCUCCGAGACCGACCCGGACAAACUGACCGAGCAGGAGGCCACCAGGUUCGCCAGACUCGACAUCGACCCGGCCACCAUCCAGAUCAAGCGCGUGGUGGACGUGAACGACCGGUUUUUGAGACAGGUCACCGUUGGUGAGGCUCCUACAGAGAAGGGCUUUGUGCGUAAGACCGGGUUCGACAUCACCGUUGCCUCGGAGAUCAUGGCCAUUCUGGCGCUGUCCAAGGACCUGGAGGACCUGAGAGCCCGUGCGGGCAGAAUUGUGGUUGGAACCAGCAAGUCUGGCGAGUCUGUUACGGCAGAAGACGUUGGCUGUGCGGGCGCCAUUGCCGCUCUCUUGAAGGACGCAGUCAAGCCAAACCUGAUGCAAACGCUCGAGGGAACGCCUGUGUUUGUGCACGCGGGUCCGUUCGCCAACAUCUCGAUCGGUGCGUCGUCGGUCAUCGCCGACAGACUGGCCCUGAAACUCGUGGGCUCGCACCCGGGAGCCGAUCCUGCUACCAAGGGUUUCGUUGUCACCGAGGCCGGUUUCGACUUCACUAUGGGCGGAGAGCGGUUCUUCAACAUCAAGUGCCGCGCCUCUGGCCUGAAGCCAAACGUGGUGGUGUUGGUGGCCACCUCCAGAGCCUUGAAGCUGCACGGAGGCGCCCCAGACGUGAAGCCGGGCCAGGCUCUUCCUGAGGAGUACACCCAGGAAAACGUCCAGCUCGUGAGACAGGGAUGCGCUAAUCUGGCCAAGCAGAUCGCCAAUGCCAAGAGCUAUGGCGUGCCGGUCGUGGUUGCCAUCAACCAGUUCGUCACCGACACCCCGGCAGAAAUCGCCGCUAUCCAGGAGGAGGCCCUCAAGGCUGGUGCAACCGCUGCUGUUCCAUCUAACCACUGGGCCAAGGGAGGUGCCGGUGCAGUCGACCUGGCCAAGGCCGUGGUGGAGGCUGCCAAACAGCCAAACAAGGGAGACUUCCUGUACGACCUGGAGAGCUCUGUGGAGGAGAAACUGGGAGCCAUUGCUACCAAGAUGUACGGCGCCGACGGCGUGGAGCUGUCGCCGCUUGCCAAGGAGCAGGUUGCAUCCUACGAGGCCCAAGGGUUCGGCAAGCUGCCGAUUUGCAUUGCAAAGACGCAGUACUCGCUGUCGCACGAUCCGAAACUCAAGGGUGUGCCGACCGGAUUCACAGUCCCUAUCAGAGAGGUUCGUUUGAACGCGGGCGCGGGAUACUUGUAUGCUCUGGCAGCACAGAUCAUGACCAUUCCUGGUCUGUCGACCCACGCCGGAUACAUGAACGUGGAGGUCGUCGACGGCCAGAUCGAGGGUCUCUUUUAA